AUGAUCCUCUGCUUGGUCACCACCUGGGUUGUCGUCUACUUCUCCAUCUGGAAGGGUGUCAAGUCGACCGGGAAGAUCGUCUACUUCAUGGUGCUCUUCCCCUACGUGGUCCUCAUCCUGCUGCUGGUCCAUGGGGUGACGCUGCCCGGGGCGCUGGGUGGCAUCGUCUAUGGCCUGAAACCCAACUGGUCCAAGCUGGCUGAGGCACAGGUGGAGGUGGAGCGGGAGGUGCUGGUGGAUGAGAUCGAGGGGGUGAAUGAGACUGAGACGGAGCAGGUGCUGGUGGCCAGCAGCAGCCGGGAGUACAGCACCACGCUCUGGCAGAGCUUCCACUUCAGCAACUCCACCAGCCUCAAAGCCAGGCUCUCCUUCACGCUGACCGUGGAAGCCUCCAACGUCUUCACGGUGCAGAAAGGACGCUGUGAAUCCAGCACCUGCUGGGACCACCUGGAAGUGCAGCUGCUGGUUAAUAUCCCCCCACGCAUGGUGCUGAUCCAGGUCUUGCAGAAGGAGGUGACGCUCUCCGUGCCGGUUCUGCUCACCAUCACCCAGAACGAAACCAUCCGUACAGAGAUGGGCGAGUACCGCAGCAUGUCGGGGACCAACAUCUGUGCCCAUUACAGCUUGAAGCCUCUGUUGGCUGGAGGCAAGGAGCAGGCAGCCACCAAGGAG